GAAUUAACGACUCUGUGGUCCAGCUUAUAACGUUUUCGCAAUUUGGCUCCGCGUAAUGACAAGUCCGAGACGACGGCCGUGUAAUCGAUUGUCUACAGUUGUCAAACGUAAUUAUUUGGGCGGAUAAUCAUAUGUCGAGAGAUAAUGCCACGAUACCAACUGGAUAGGUAGUCGGACAUUGUCACCUCUUGUCCGCGUGGUGCACAAGUGGUUUUAUUGUGCCCUCCCCACAUCCUUCGAUCUGGGAUCAUGCGGACAUUUGAGCGAGUGUGGCGUUCUACCUGUUGCUAUAGCUACGGAGUUCUGUGUACAUCCCUGUUUGGCGUCGUAUUGAUCUGCUGCUUGUACCUGUAAAAGAGGUGGGGCUACUCUCGGAUGGUAUACACACAUGGGUUUCAUGCUGUAACAGACAGGUCUUGGACACACGCUCACACAGGGCUCUUAUCACCACGAACGGAUCACAAUAUUCGGCUGAGGCGAUUGUGAUUUAUCUAAGAGGGUGCUAUUGAUCAAAGAUCUUCAAUUAGAUUAUGGAAUGGUUAACAUUGCCAAAUGGAGGAUAGCACUUAGAUAAUCGCCCGGUGUGUGGGUUAAGUGCUCUGGUUGGUGAACAACGAGGGGCACGCAUGCAGGAAUUCUGACCAUUUCUGGCACCGAGCACGCGCACCCCACGCGCUGCCUCCUGUCCCCCAACUCAGGAAAGAUGAGGCUGACCAACCCUCCCCCUGGAACCAGGAGCUUGGGAUGGCUAACGGCCCCGGUCACUGUAUCUUCACCCCCGGGGGCAAGUCACAGGUGACCCCCCAGAUUGGCGACGGAGGUGCAUCACACGAGGAGUGCGCGAAGCUGGUUGCUGCGUUCAACAAAGAGGUGGCCCUUUACUGUACUCUCGCCGUCGGUCUCGGGGGAACUAACGAUUCAGAGAAAUUGCGAGAAGAACUGAAAAGCAGUCGGCUGAGAGCAUGUGAUCUAGCGCACCAAAUUAAGUCAAAACUAAUACCGCUGUUAAGAAGCAAGAUGCAGCGUCAGGAGGAACAGGGGGACCUAGAGCGGCUGUACCGGCUCUACUCGGGGUGUCUGGAGCUGUUGGAGACCCAGCUCCUCAAGAUGGCGUCACUACAGCGAACGUUCCCGCUAUACUCAGGUAUAAGAGUGAUGAUUAACACGGGUAUAUGUGAACCUGUCAUACCAUAUAAGGCGUGUCUGGCAGUGGAACAGUUGGACACGCCCACAACAGACAAGAGCUUCAUGGAAAAAGAGGAACUACUCCGCCUUGAGAGAGCGGCCUGUGACAUCCAUGAGGUAGUGUACACGGUCAGCCAGACGAUGGACAUUCAGCCCUGGGACAUCGAACCGGAGAUUUCCACGGAGAACUUCGAUUGUGGCAAGUCUAUCAGUUCCAACAGUGAUGCUGAGUCCAGCGUGGAGAUAUCGCCAACUUCUUCCAACGAAAGUUCCUCAAGAAGAAAAUGCACAUGCGUCGCCUUGGUCACCAUAUCAGCUGUUAUACUCUGCUCUAGUGUAGUCGGACUUCUGGUUGGGUUUCUCCAUGGCGCCCAGUGAUCCAUGAGUAUCCUGUUACCCUGUAGUGGUGUUACUGUGCCGGUCUUUGCUGUCGGGAACCGAACCAUGUGACGGAACAGCCACAAACUGACAACUUCCGUUCAUCCGGGGCUUGAACGCAACCGGAAGACGCUAACAAUGACGUGGACUGGACUGGGCGCCUGUCUGACUAUAAGCGCUUAGCUGCCACGCGAUUCAUCGGUGGAAACAGUUAAUAAUGUUGAACUUGACGCAUGCGCAAUACUAGUAUUCGUCGGAUUCAGAAGGAACUGCAAAUCGAAUGUAUGAAUACUGGUAUUGUAAUCAAGAUCCCAGUCAGGAAAUGAAUUGACGUUGUUUUCAAAUUCAGACGCAAUGCAUUUUAAUGAUUAAACUGUAAUGGAACUAUCAACGCUGAGACUGAGAAAUGGCAGCGUGAUACAACAGAAGUGCCAGUGAGAUUGCCUCUACACCAUGUUCCCAAGUGAUGCAACAAUUUCCUCGUUUCACAACGCUCACACACUGGACAUAAAAACAUUUGAUUGUGUUUCAUCCAUUCACGUUAGGUGAUAUUGUAUUACGGAUGUCUUGGAGUGAGUGAGUUAGUGAAUAUGGUUUUAUGUCGCAAAAACCAGUUAUACGUGUAUAUCCUUGUGGUUUGUAAAUAUUUGAAUCCGGACCAGGCUGAUACCAUGUCGAUAUCGUGUGCUUAUCCAUCUUCCCGAGGCAUGAGAGUUAACUGACCUUAAAAGUCCAGUUCCCACCCUUGCCGAUCCUGGGCUCGAUCGUAGCGCCACCAGUUGUUAUUACGAGUUAUAUCCCUUCUA